UAGUAGUAGGGGUACUGUAAUAAAUAAGAAGGUAGAAGGAGGAAAGGGUCGGGUAUAUAACAUAACUACAGCCAUUCUCCAAACACAGCAUUCAGUCUUGUUGUUUUAACUCUCACCAACUCUGUUAACAAAAAACAGAGAAUCAAAGAGACCAUCACCCAUUUAUUCCUCUCAUCACUAAUACGUGACACACUCUUUUCUAUCUCACCUUCCACUCUUCUAUACAUUACUCCAACACACCUGCAACACUAUCAAAUUCGGAAAUUAAAACUCAAUUAAUAAACAAAUUCACCUUCACUAAGUGUGAUUCAAUAAUGGAUCUCACUAAAGUCACACUAGAGAUCUUCUCCAAACUUGAACACAAAUGGCUUUCUCAUUGUAAAGACACCAACAAAACACGCAUUCUCAGCAUUGACGGCGGUGGAACCACCGCCAUUGUUGCCGGAGCUUCGUUAAUCAAUCUCGAGGAUCAGAUCCGUCAACAGACCUCCGAUCCUCACGCUCAGGUAGCAGAUUUCUUCGACAUUGUUGCCGGUACCGGCAUUGGCGCUAUUCUUGCAGCAAUGAUCACCGCCGCCGAUGCCUUCGGUAGACCUCUUUACACUGCAAAAGAAGCUGUACGUAUCGUUACCGAGAGAAACUCCGAACUCUAUAAACUCAAAUCCGCCGGAGUAUUUCGCCGGCGCCGUAGAUUCUCUUCGAGGAACAUGGAUAACGUGUUGAAGGAAGUGUUCGUUAAAAAAGAAGAUGGAAGUUUGUUGACUUUAAAGGACACGUGUAAACCGUUGCUUAUACCUUGCUUUGACCUCAAGAGUUCGGCUCCAUUCGUUUUUUCUCGAGCCGAUGCGUCCGAAUCUCCGAGCUUCAACUUCGAACUAUGGAAAGUAUGCCGCGCCACAUCAGCUACGCCGAGUCAUUUCAAGCCGUUUAACUUCACUUCUGUCGACGGCAAAACUUCUUGCUCCGCCGUGGACGGUGGUCUGGUAAUGAACAAUCCUACAGCCGCGGCGGUCACGCAUGUUCUCCAUAACAAGCGCGAUUUCCCAUCGGUAAACGGCGUGGAGGAUCUUUUGGUCCUUUCCUUGGGAAACGGAUCGUCGAACUCGAAAACGUGCGUGAGCCGCACGUGCUCAACGCCGUCGGUAGUUGACAUUGUUCUUGACGGCGUUUCCGAGACCAUUGACCAAAUGUUAGGAAACGCAUUCUGUUGGAACCGUACGGAUUACGUCAGAAUUCAGGCGUUUGGUUUGGGAAACGAAGCAGUGAGGAAAAAUGGAGUGACAGAAGAGGAAGUGCUGAAAGAGAGAGGACUUGAGUCGUUACCGUUUGGCGGGAAGCGGUUACUGACGGAGACUAACGGAAACAGAAUCGAUAGCUUUGUGCAACGUCUUGUUGCUACCGGGAAACCUAGCCCACCGUUUAGUCCUUGCAAGGAUUCCACCGUUAAACCUCUCGCUAACGGCCGCUAGUUUUUUGUAUUCUUACAUUUCUAUGUUUUUUUUAGCUUUUUUAACGCUGUAAACUGUAACCAGUGGUUUUUUUACCUAGCCAUGCCAGCUGCUAGCUGCCAGAGUUAAUAAUUUAGCUUGUAUGUAGGCAAUUGCUUUUUUGUUCUUAGAGUGAUUUCGGGUAUUAAUACAUUUUUUUAACACGCAUUUUUUACAUAAUUUUUGUGGAGAACGUAUUUGAUGUAAUAAAAAAUGUGUGUCAAGAAAGUGUAUUGUUUUUUCUAUCUAUAAAUUUCCACGUUUGCUUCUGAUUAUGUUCUACGGAAGCAAAGGAAGAGUAGUUCCAUGAA